AUUACUGCGUUUGCAAUCAGUAGACUUUCAGCUUUCAUCGUAUAUUUAUUAUAUACAUAUAUAUAAAUGUGUAUGUGUGUAUGUAUAUACAUUUUUUUUACUAUAGCAGCUGCACUGUCUUGAUAACAACCACAUAAAUGAGUUUUUCUCAGAAAAAAUAUAAACUAGCCAAAACUGAAGAAAUUGUAAUUAAAACAAAUGAAGAUUGGAGAACAAAUUAUCAAAAAUGUCUGAAGAUAGAAAAACAUCCUUACUAUUUUACCGUCUUUGAUGUAGAGACCAAGGCACUGACUGAGUUGUGUAAGGGAUUUAAUUUCAGUGAGGAUGAUCGACAAUUGUUUUUAACUCAAGCUCGCCUUACCGGGCGAAUUCUUAUUAAAUUAAGUCCUGAUGAAUAUCGAUGUGGAUCCGGUUACCUGCAGAAAAUUAGACCGGCCAAAGAUUUCAACUGUCCGAUUCCGUCGUGUAAAGAAAAGAAAAAACACCAUGCGUGGUGGAUUUUGACAGUAACGACAGUUUUUCACGUUGUCCCAAGUCAACAGGACGUUGAGAAAGUGGAGUUUGAGUUUUUCUACGACGAAGAUCUCAACCAAGACAAAGUGAAGAAAGCCUACGGUUUCCGUCUUAUUGAUACGGAAAAGGAAAGUGGACAAGCGGAUUGGUGUUCUAUUGAAUGCGCGACAGAUGAUGAAGUACUUGUAAAUAAUUUGAAACAGCUAAUAACCACUCUCGCUGAUCUACAGAAAAAGUCGUAUAAGGUAUACAAAGAUAAAAGUCCCAAGCCUGUGGUGAUCGCAUCCCACCCUCACAGCGGGCCUAAGCGGCUGAGUUUUGGCCGGGUCGUGAGGGAGGAGAGUGUCAAGGAGGUCCGCGAGAGCCAGAAUUGGUGCAAGUAUUUCUACGACACGCCCACCUGCCCGGGGAGCAGCGGGUCGUACGUGUUGAUCCUGGGUCAGCCGUUAAACGGGUCGGGGUACUGGCUGGGUCACCCCCACAACCACAGUGGGGAGAGUGACACGAGGCUGAUCAACUGUAGCUCUGUGGGAGUCGACCAUGUCGGCUAACGUGUAAAGGUUGAUGUGUGAAAUAAUGGAUCGGUGCACUAGUCAACCAUGUCGGCUAACAUAACACAGUCAAUGUGUGACAUAGUGAAGCAGUGCACGAGUCGACAAUGAAAGAGUUGAUGUAUGUAGCAGAGCACAAUGGUUAAGCAAUAGCUAUUUAACUCUAAUACUCUUUGAUUUACUAACGUAGAUAUUUAGUUGUAACAUUUGAUAGAGGAGAGUUGCAUAUUUUUCAUACAAGAUUCCUAUUAUAAACAGAUAUAUCUAAACAUAAUUUGGCUUGUCUAAACAUUUGCGUCGUCAAAUAUUUAUAUUUAAACUUUUAUAAAUUUAAUUUAAAUAUUUCCACCUGUAUAUAAUUCUUUCUUCUUAAAGGGGUAGUCCAUAAA